UCAGCUUAAAAUUUCACAUAACUUUCUCUUUUCUUUCUAGAUUCUUUGAUUUUAAGUUGAUUCUAGUGUAAGGGACUCUUGAAUAACAAAGCGCUGCAAAAGUGGAUUCUUGGUAUAGAGGUUCAAAGUCUUCGGUUCAAGCGGAAUCUAUGAGCAGAAAAGUUUUCCGGUUCCUGAUCCAAGCUUAGCCACUUCUAAGAACAAAGCGAAAUUGAGUUAAUGGACUACCUAGCGUUUGUGCUGCUACUUCCCUUUGUGUUGGCAUCUAUAUAUGUGCUCGCCUACGACCUAAGGGCCUGGAAAUCUGGCUCGCCAAGACUUCCUCCAGGCCCCAAGCCUUUUCCAAUCAUUGGGAACAUCUUGGACCUCGUAGGAAACCAACCCCAUCGAGCCGUUUCCAAGCUCUCCAAAACUUAUGGACCCCUAAUGACUCUCAAGCUCGGGAGCAUGACAACCAUAAUCAUCUCCUCUCCAGAUCUAGCCAAACAAGUACUGCAAAAAUACGACCACGUCUUUUCCGGCCGAACUAUCCUGGAUGCUAUCCGAGCACUCAACCACCACAAAUUUUCAAUGGGGUGGCUGCAUCCCACGUCGAGUCGUUGGAGAAACCUCAGGAAAGUUUCUGCCAUGCAAAUAUUUGCUCCACAAAGGCUCGAUUCCAUCCAAGCCAUUAGGAGAAAAAAAGUGCAACAACUAGUAGACCAUGUUAAAGAAAUUUGUAAUAGUGGUCAAGAGGUAGAUAUUGGUGGAGCAACCUUCACAACUAGCCUGAAUGCCAUAUCAAACACACUUUUCUCUAAAGACUUGGCAGACUAUUGUUCAACUGCGUCCCAAGAGUUUCAGGAAAUCAUAUUGGGUACCAUGGAAGAAGCUGGAAGGCCGAAUGUUGCUGACUAUUUCCCUGCACUUCGUUUUGUUGACCCACAAGGUGCACGCCGAAGGAUGAAGAUUUAUUUUAGAAAUUGUUUUAGGACUCUUGACGGUAUAAUCAAUGAACGAUUACAAUUAAGAGCAUCAUCAUCAAAGGGUUCUAAGGCAAGUAGCGAUGUACUUGAUUCCCUCCUCGAUCUCACUCAAGAAGAUGAUUCAGAAUUAAGCCUCGACGACAUCAGACAUUUGCUUCUGGAUUUGUUUAUUGCGGGGAUUGACACAACAUCAAGCACAGUGGAAUGGGCAAUGGCAGAGUUACUACGCAACCCUGAAAAAAUGGCAAAAGCCCGAAAAGAGCUUGAAGAAGUGCUUGGCAAGGACGAACAUGUUCAAGAAUCAGAUAUCUCAAAGUUGCCUUAUCUACGAGCAAUAGUGAAAGAAACCUUUUGUUUGCACCCACCAGUACCUCUCCUAGCUCCCCACAAAGCAGAGAUUGACAAAGAGGUGUGUGGCUUUACCCUACCCAAGAAUGCACAAAUACUAGUAAACGUGUGGGCAAUGGGACGGGAUUCAAGCAUAUGGCCAAACCCAAAUUUGUUUGUGCCUGAAAGAUUUUUAGAGAAGAAUAUAGACUUCAAAGGCAUAGAUUUCGAGCUCAUUCCCUUUGGGGCUGGAAGAAGGAUUUGCCCUGGAUUGCCUUUGGCCAACCGGAUGGUGCACUUGAUGUUGGCAUCUCUAGUCCACUACUUUAAUUGGAAUUUGGCAGACGAGAUGGAGGCAAAAGAUUUAAACAUGAGUGAGACAUUUGGCUUUACCUUACAUAAGGCUGAGCCCCUCCGGGCUAUUCCCAUUAGAUUUGGGUUAAGAAGUACUAGUUUUGGCAUGGUGCUUUUGCUCAUGCCUCGAGAAUGGCUACCUAUGUCCCGGAUUGAAUUUGCAUCGGACAAAUCUGUUCUAUAAGCUGAAGAUUGGGCAUAGGAUAGCGGAUGUAGACGUCAUAGGUUUUCACUGUAAGAUUUGUAUGAUUUUGACCUUUAUGACGUGUAAUCUUUUAGCUUCAGCUAGGAAUUUAAGAGGUUGAUGCUUUUGUGAUUGUAAGAUUUUUUAUACUCUUGAUUAUUCA